AUGUCUACGCAACAGGUUUUCCAUGUUCGUGAAAAGAUUGAACUCUCUGACACCGAGAAGAGCAUCUUCGAUAGGCUUCUCGCCACUCUUCGUCACUUCCAACUCCAAACUCAGCUCCGAGUCGCCGGUGGCUGGGUUGGCGACAAGCUUCUGGGAAAAUAUUGUUACGGUAUUGAUAUCGCUCUUGACAAUAUGAUGGGUGCUGAGUUUGUGUAUAAGGUCAAGGAGUACUUGUUGUCCAUUGGGGAAGAUGUACAGGGAGUUUGUGUUAUUGAGUGCCUGUUGGAACUUAACAGAAAUAAAAUAGACGAUGGCAAAAACAAACACAGUGUUGAAUAA